UUGGAUAUGCUGAAACGUCUUCUACCAUUGCUGGCCCUCUGCGCCUUGGCUCAGAGCCAGUGCCCCUUCACCAGGCCCAUCGUCGAGGGAACGAAUCGCAUUGUCAUGGUUCGUCUUCGCAAUCGCCAGCUGAUGCUGAAGCGGACGGCCAGCUCCGCUGUGGGAGAAUCGCUCCAGCUGUGGUGCAGCCCGAGGGAUGUUCGGCCGGUGACUUGCCAGCGGGGCCAGAGGCCAUCAUUUGUGCCCCCAUUACCAAUGACAUGCCAGAGGCCGCCAGUGACAGUGACAAUCCCGGUGACAGAUCGCCGCUGCAGAGCCUCCAUGUUCCGUGUGGGCUAUAACAUUGGCAGGGGUCAGUUCCUGGAGCUCUACCGAAGCUGCUUCGACAGGAGGGCCGUGCGAACCCUCUGGGUGGAGCAUCAGGUUUAUGCCAAGCCUUUCUAUGCCACACGCCCUUGUGUGCGAUUCAGCUCCGAUGGGGUCAUCUCGGGGGCGGACGAGGCCAGCUACACGGUGCGCAACAUUCAUGCCACCUUCCGGCGCCUCUUCGGCAACAACCAGAACUUCAUACCCAACAAUCGGGACGUGAUCAUCAACCGCGGCCACCUAGCCGCCUCCGCGGACUUCCUCUUCGGCGAUCAGAUGUGCGCCACCUUCAAGUACGUGAACGUGGUGCCACAGUUCCUGACCAUCAACGAUCGCAACUGGGAGGCCAUCGAGCGCUGGGUGCGCAGCUCGGUGCGGGGCAAUCAGUUCGUGAAUGUGCGGACAGGUGCCAACGGCAUCCUCACGCUGCCCGCUGCCAGCGGUCAGAGGCAGGUCUUCCUGAGCGGCAACCGCAAUCCGGUGCCUCUCUGGAUGUACAAGAUCGUCCGCGACUCCAAUAAUCGGCCCAUAGUGGCUUUCCUCACCUACAACAACAUCUACGCCCGACAGCGACCCGCAGCACCCGCCUUCUGUCAGGUCGUCAAUUGUCCCCUGCAAUUGGGAGGCACUGCCGCAGAUGGCUUCACCUUCUGUUGCAACCCAGCCACUUUUAAUCCCUAACUGAUGGACAAUCCCAAAUACUUACUUAAAGAACCAACCAUAUGAAAAAUAUAGCGAUAG